AUGACCCAGGGAAAGCUCUCUGUGAAUAACAAGCCUACAAACUCAGAUGGACAACAGGGAAAUGAAGAGAAGAAGGACAAUGCGACUGCCCCAUCGGCACCUCCUACCUAUGAAGAAGCAACCUUAGGGGAAAGGACGAAAGCAGGAGCAUUGUCUCCUCCUAUGACUGUUCCUCUCCACCCCAGCUGGGCAUAUGUCGAUCCUAGUACAAGCCCUAACUAUGGAAGUGGAGGAUACCCAGGAGACACUGAGAUGCUUACAACUUUCAGCUGGGAUGACAAGAACGUCCGCAGGGUGUUCAUCAGGAAGGUUUACAGCAUUCUUAUGCUCCAGCUAUUCAUCACAGUUGGCGUUGUGGCUCUCUUCACCUUCUGUGAACCAGUCAAAGGAUACAUUCAGUCAAAUCCAGGCUGGUACUGGGCUUCGUAUGCUGUUUUCUUUAUUACUUAUUUGAUUCUGGCCUGCUGCUCUGGACCCAGGAGGCACUACCCAUGGAACCUGAUUCUCCUGGGCAUCUUUACUCUGUCCAUGGCUUAUCUAACAGGGAUGCUUUCCAGUUACUACAACACUAAGUCGGUGCUUCUAUGCCUGAUGAUCACAGCGCUGGUGUGCCUCUCUGUGACCAUAUUCAGUUUCCAGACCAAGUUUGAUUUCACCUCUUGCCAGGGAGUUCUGUUUGUGUUGCUGAUGGUGUUGUUCUUUAGUGGGAUCGUCCUCGCUGUCAUGCUUCCUUUCAGAUACGUACCGUGGCUGCAUGCUAUUUAUGCUGUGCUGGGCGCAAUUGUGUUUACUCUGUUCCUGGCCUUCGACACACAGCUCUUGAUGGGUAACCGCCGAUAUGCGAUGAGCCCGGAGGAAUACGUCUUUGGAGCCCUCAACAUUUAUCUGGACAUCAUCUACAUAUUCUCCUUUUUCCUGCAGAUCUUUGGGUCCAGCCGAGAUUGAGCUUGGCGCAGCUAAUAGCUUCUGUGUC